GUUUAGUUCAGCACAGGCAUACGCCGUAAGAAUACGUCACUCUUCGACUUGCGCCUUUUCCUAGCCGCACACUACUCACUCAUCAACGUCGACGGGCCAUGCAAUAUGGAUGGGCAUCGCCCGUCUAGACGGGCUCACAUCCUAUCUUCCAUUAAUCCCCUGCGCGAACCCGACCAGACUGUCUCGUCACACCAGCAAGACCCGCGUCCCUCGCCGCCGCCGGCUCGCGAGUCCCAGCGUCGUGCAGAACCCGCCGAUGAAGCCGACGACGACGACGACGAUGAUGAUGGCUACGGACCCGCGGACCCUGAAACGAGACGCCCCAAAGCCGAGCCAGCCGCCGCUGCCGCUGCCGACGGCGCGUACUCGAGCAGCAAACCUACAAAGUUCCGCUUCAAGGCCGAGAAGCGCAGCAGCCGCCGCCAGCGCGCGGGCGACGACGCCGAGGGCGGCCGCGCGGGGAGACACGAGCGCGACGAGGACGAACGUCUCGACUCUGACUCUCACCCGCGCUCGAGCCGCCACCACCGCCGCCACCGCCACCGCGACGAGGACGACGCAGACCGCGACUGCGACCGCGACCGUGACGAUGGUCACCACCACCACCACAGCAGCAGCACCACACACCGCCGCUCCCGGCGCCACGAGGACGGCCACGAUAAGGUCAGGUCGUCCAAGCGGCGGCGCCGAGGCCACAAGGGCAGGGCGGAGCAGCAGCAGCAGCAGGAGGAGCAGGAGCCCGAAGACCCGUUCGCGCCGCCGCCGCUGGACGCGGACGCGGCUUUCCGCGAGUCGCUCUUCGACGCCAUGGCCGACGACGAGGGCGCCGCCUACUGGGAAGGCGUCUACGGCCAGCCCAUCCACACCUACCGUGUGCCCCCCAGCAACGGCAGCGGCGGCGGCAGCGGCGGAGGAGGAGGCGAGCUGGAGCAGAUGACGGCCGACGAGUACGCCGACUACGUGCGCCGCCGCAUGUGGGAGAAGACGCACCCGGGCCUGGUGGAGGCGCGCGACCGGCGCGAGCGCGAGCGCGCAGAGCGGGCGCGGGCGCGGGCCAGAGAGGACGAGGACGAGGACGAGGACGAGGUGCGCGCCCGCCGCCGCAGGGAACGCCGCCUCGCCGACGAGAUGGACCGGUCGCUGCGCCGCGGCCAGGAGCGGAGGCGCCUGUCGGCCUGGGCGGGCCGGUGGCGCCGCUACGUGGACGCCUGGGCGGCCGGCGGCGGCGGGUCGGCCUUUCCCGCCGAUGCUGCUGCCGUCCCUGUCGCCGACGUGUGGCCCGUCGAGAGCGGCAAGAGGGCCGACAUUGCCGAGGCGGCGGUGCGCGAGUUCUUUGCGCAGUGCGCCGACGCUGCCGCUGCCGCUGCUGCUGAGGAGGAGGAGGAGACCGAAGGCGGCGGCGGCGGCGGGUCCAAGGCGGACCCGCGGUCGCGCCUCAAGGACGAGAGGGUCCGGUGGCACCCGGACAAGGUGCAGCAGCGGCUCGGCGGCAGGGUCGACGAGGCGCUCAUGCGCGACGUCACGACCGUCUUCCAGAUCGUGGACAAGCUGUGGGCCGAGGCCCGGGGCUCGAGGCCGUGACGGCAAGCCUCCACCCCCCCUCGAGAUCCGAGUCCGACGUCUUUCCUUUGUUUGAACGCUAGAAGUGCACAUCCGGGGUCUGAUCUUCUGUGGUUUAUCACGGGCGUUUAACGGCUAUACCCAAACAUUCUGUCUUUCUCCUUCUACCCCUGCUAGAACUCAUGGAUGGAUGCGCUUGAGCAGAGGAGUAUAUCUAAAGUACUUUACGAUGACUACGAGAUCUACGAAUAAAUGUCCAAUGGCACAGUAGCUGUUUGCCACGUUCGUUGCCCCUUGAAAACAGUCUUGUUGAUUCUAGCUAGGCUUGCGUAGGUAUCCAACCUCUCACCAUGCGUUUGGGAUUAGAUGUAAUCAUCUAAUAGCCACAGC